CUUUCCCGCCAUCAAUCAUCACCACCAUUUUCCUAGAUACGCCAAAAUCACCCACAAUGACAACAAACGUAACAUUAGAAACAACAAUGGGCACGCUCACCGUCGAGCUGUACACCGACCACGCCCCCAAGACCUGCAAAAACUUCGCGACGCUCUCCCGCCGCGGCUACUUCAACAACACCAUCUUCCACCGCGUCAUCCCCAACUUCAUGAUCCAGGGCGGCGACCCCACAGGCACGGGCCGCGGCGGUAGCUCCAUCUACGGCGAAAAGUUCGAGGACGAGAUCUCGCCGGCCCUUAAGCACACGGGCGCCGGUGUGCUCAGUAUGGCCAACUCGGGGCCCAAUACCAACGGGUCGCAGUUUUUCAUUACGCUAGCUCCUACGCCGUGGCUUGAUGGAAAGCAUACUAUUUUCGGGCGAGUGAAGAGCGGCAUGGCGAUUGUGAAGCGCAUGGGGCUGGUGCCUACGGGGGCAGAGGAUCGGCCAGUAGAGGAGCUCAAGAUUCUGUCUACGCGGGUGACGGAGGGCGAUGGCGAGGAUGAGCAAUAAUGGACGAUGUGAUUUUUAAAAAGUAAAUGUAUACUAGCUAGCAAUUGAAUGAAUGUCAUGAUUGAAAAAGCCGUCUAGUGUGGCGAUUAAAGAAGCUAUAUCUACAUGUGGUGUUUGUUGAAGGGAUGGCAGCUUGUGUAGUGUAAUAAGGUAUCCUGUAUUGAUUUUGACCAGGCACGGCGGCCGUGGCAUGCACCUAGAAUAAUAGUAACUGGAAAAAAGACAACCCAUAUAAAAGAAAACGAAAACGCCAUCCCUUAAAAUGCAAAUCACGUCAAGACUACCACCGAGCGGCCGCAUGGGGGCCUAGAAUACACGAGUAUAAAACGUGGGAAGCAGGAAAACAGAAACAAAAAAACACCUCUAGAGCGGACCGGAAACACAAUUGCUUUUCUUUUUCCGUCUUUUGCGUCCAAUGAGUCAAAAUAGCGAGUGCAGUAGAGCAGGUAUGCUGAAUUUUGCUGGUACUGCUACAGCAAUGAGGGAACGACUGUCAAGAGUCGUUGUUGUGGGCUUCUGUCAUAUGUAACAGAAGCCAGCCAUAAGGAUAAAGAAACAAGAAUUCUGUGUAGUUUUGGUGAUGAAGGGGGAGGACAAGAAGAGGGUGAAAGCGAGUAUCCAAACGCCAUGAAUGCAAGGCCGUCAAUAUAUGCACAACGUGGCAGUGGCCGUGAUAGCCACUGACAGGGGAAGAAGUUUUUCCAAAGGGGCUCUUUACUCAAGGGGACGAGACGGGCUCUGAGAUUUCAGACUCCAUGUCGAUGUCGCGAUCUCGUCUAGACAACGGCGAGCUCAUAACCUUGCCAGCCUUGAUCUUCUUAAUCGGGCUGCCAGACUUGUGGAUGGGCUUAGUUGGUGUCCUCUCCGAGAGCGAGUCGUCGUCUGACAUGCGGUGCUCAAAGCUCAGCUGCGAUGACACGCGCUGCCGCUCUGCCUUGAGGUUGUUUUUUGACUUGAGCACAACCUUCUUAUGAAUCGCCUUUACCCGCUUCUUCUUAGGACUGUCCGAGUCGUCAUCGUCGUCGUCGCUCACAUCACGUUUCCUAGGGCUUCCUGCACGGGAUCCGGGUCCCGGUGUAGCCUUUUGUGAUGAUGGCGGCGUGCUGUCGUGUGCUGACGAGUUGCCAUUGAUCUUUUGAGCCGCGGCUCGGCUUGCGUUGCGGCCGCUGUUGCCGAUACACGAGCCCAUGUGGUUAUUGAGACGGGUGACGAGAAUACAUCUCUUGCAUUUACUGCAAGUAGCGGAUGGAAACGACAGCACAUUUGUCGGCUUGUCGUCCAGGUCCUUCUUCUCCACGUCCUUCUUCUUCUUGCCUCGGCCAGGACCGGGUGGGACCCAGCUUUGGCCGUAGAUGUCGCAGCCAACCUUUUGGAUGUACGGGUGUUUUUUGCAGUAUACAACGUUCGGAUCGGGUUUUCUGGCGCCCUUGCCCUCGGUGGGAUGGAGCAGCCGCGGCAGAUGGCACUUGGGGCAGAGGAUGUCGGUGGUGGUGCGGAGCGGGUUUCCCUUGAGCAGGACUUUGCCAUCCUCGUAGAUGGCGGCGUCUGUUUCUAUGCGUACGUCGGGUUUGGAAUCGGGGGUUGAGCUUUCGGAGGCGUCCGAGGCCAGCUUCUCUACUCGGAUGGCGGCGGUGGCAGCGCGGGCUUCCUUCUCUUCGCGAUGGACUUUGAUCAGGAGGUCGGAGAUGAGGUUGUGCAAGACGUCGUCGAGAACGGAGUGUGCCUGUGGCAAUUGGGGUAAGAAGCAGGUCAAGAUGGAAUUGCAAGGCCGGCCAGAGCGGGAUACUCAUUUGGCAGCGCUUGCGGAUGCACGGCGUGUGACGAGAACCGGCCUUGCCGUUUGACGUGGUGUGCCGACAUCGUGGGCCAAGUACAACUUACCAGCUUGACCAUUCCUCCGGCAUCGUCCCGGGCGCGAAUGACGCCAGCCCGGCCGGUGGUGUUAUUCAUGGUCUUGUGUUUUUGCCUGGCCAAGCAAAGAUGGGCGACGAUGCUUGUGCUAAAGCAAGGUUGAUGCUGAUGCAGCCAGGGGAACGGGCCUUGUGUAGCAAAAAGGACGACCCGUGCCACUCACUGACUACUGGGCCCCAGGGAGAAAAAGUGGCGAUGGGGCGUAAGGCAAAGCAAAACGUAUGCAGUAGCAACAACAAGGCAAGGAAAAAAAAGAAAAUGAAAGGCUGUGAUUUCAGAGAGAAGAUUUAAAAAACGUUUGAAUGAAGGAUGCCAGUCAGCAAAUCAAAAAAAAAAAGCGUUCUAGAAAAAAGGGCAGCCAAAUGCUGGGG